CUCAACGCGGAGGAGAGCGUGAACAGUUCCGUCAUGAAUUUCGCAUCCGCCAAAGCCUUAUUGGUUCUUGCUUUGGCAGUCAUCCUUUGCAAGACCUACCUUGCUCUCACUCAUAAUAAGGCCAAGGCACGUCUAAUGUUGUCCGGGAUACGGGUCGCUGGGAAGUGUAGCGACAAAAGGAACCCAGAUUGUACAAGCCUACAGGGAAUCAAGGCAACCACAAUAAAGGGAUUACAAGCUAUCAGGAAACGUUCCAAAUGUCCAAUUCUGGUAACGGGUGGAACCGAGGCAGGCCACGUAAACCGGACUAAAAGGUCACACUGGAACGGAUAUAAGGCCGACAUCAAGCCAAAUUCUUGCAUAAGUUCCUUUAUCCAAAAAAGUUUUAAACGCAUAGGAAAUCGAAGUGAUGAUGGAGCUCCGCAAUAUCGUUCUCCUGGAAAUCAUAUUUUCGCCCGGGAGGAAAACCAGUGGGACAUUUUGUAUUAAAAGUAAUUUUUUUUUACAAAAUUCUUCUCCAUGAACCCACGAACCUACGUCGGCUAAUCUUUUCAACUUUGAGUUUGUGUAGAACGAAAAUUAAUUCCAAAAUCUUAAUCUAUGUCAAAUCCAAAUUUAAAAAAUGUCACGAAUGGUAGGAGUUUGUGACAAAGGAUGAAUUAAUAAAUAUUAUCAUCAAGUUUA